AUGCCCGGACCCCUCGACGAAGACGGUUUCCACUCCAUCGCAUGGGACGACCAGCCUUCUCAACAAUCCACCCUCUCCCACUCGUCCUCUCCAUUUGACGAGGGCUUCGAAUCCAUCCCAUCCCACAAUCCGCAUAUCACCUCCGCGUCUUCCGAGGGCUGGUCUCACGCCUCUCAAGACGACGCAGGAGACUUUGAAGGGGACGGGGAUGAUACUAUCACUCUGCCGAGGAAGGAACGCGCAGCGGAAGGUGGGGAAGGGGUGGAUGCGAACAAGUGGAACGGGAGGUGGAUGAAGGUGGAUGUGAAGGAACCGUUCAAGGAGCACGAAGGGAGUAAGGACAUGUAUGUGUCGUAUGCUGUCCAUACCCACACCAAUCUCCAGACAUUCAAGAAGCAGCACACCGUGGUGAGGAGGCGAUUCCAGGACUUUGUCUUUCUGCGCGAGCAUCUGGUGAAGGCAUUCCCGGCCUGCGUAGUCCCUCCAAUUCCAGACAAGCACAGGCUGGAAUACAUCAAAGGAGAUCGAUUUUCUGGAGACUUUAUUGAGAAACGUCGACAAGACUUGCAACGCUUUGCCGACCGCAUCGCCAACCAUCCCACCCUCCAGCGUAGUCAGCUCACCAACGACUUUCUCCAGUCCACCGAAUGGACGGUGGCCAAGCAUCACCAUAUCUCCCACCCGCCCCCGGACUCGCAUACCUCUCUGAUUGACUCUGUCUCUGACACAUUCAUCAAUGCCUUCUCCAAAGUACGCAAGCCAGAUGCUAGGUUUUUGGAGAUGACGGAAGAGCUGGAGAGGUUCGAAGAGGGGUUGACGGGAGUGGAUCGGGUUGUUGGAAGAGGGAAAGGGAGGCUUGAUGACCUGGCACAGGAUUAUCUGGAUAUGGCGGCUGCUUACCAAGGUCUCGGAUAUCUCGAGUCUGGUAUCACCGAGCCCCUCAACCGUUUCGCGGAAAAGAUGGUCGACUUCUCAGGUCUUCUGAAGCACACCAACCAAGAAGCAGUCGAGCCCUUCAUCUCUUCUACGCACUCCCUGCUCGCCUACUCGGCAGCCCAUCGCAACAUCAUCAAAGCCCGCGACCAAAAACAACUCGACUUUGAAGAGCUCUCCGCAUACCUGUCUGCCGUCGUAUCGGAACGGGAUCGCCUUGCUGCUCUUUCUUCCGGGCAUGCAGGUGCUCCAGUCGGGCUUGGUACAUACCUCCGUGACCAAGUCGACAAGAUCCGGGGCACCGACGACAUCCACACCCGGCGCGAACGUAUGCGAAAGCUCGACGGCAAGAUCGUAGAGUUGCAAGAGGCGGUGACGCUGGCGCACGAGACGUCGAAUGCGUUCUCGGAGGAGGUGUUGAAGGAGCACAACUAUUACGAGCUGGAUAAGAGGGAAGAGAUGAAGGAGGCGCUGCAAGGGUAUGCGGAUGGACAGGUGGAGAUGUUGCAGGCUGCGAUGGAUGAUUGGGACAGGAUCAUUCCUCUCCUGGAGAGAAUAAGAGUAGACGUGUAA